AUGUCUUGCCGCGAUCUCAUGCCAGGCUUCUGGGCGGUUGCCUUUCGUCAGCGGCCCGUUGAAAGCCAGUUGAGGUCUGAUGCGGGCUCUCUCAGCCGUCGCUUAACUAGCGUGGAUCUGACGAUGAUAGGAAUCGGUUCCAGCAUUGGUUCAGGCAUCUUCGUGAUUACCGGCAUUGCUGCAAAACCCACAGGGCCCGCCGUGUGCUUUUCGUUCCUCAUCGCUGCAGUCAGUUGCAUCUUCAGUGCGUUGUGUUAUGCAGAGCUGGCUGCACGCAUACCUGUGUCGGGCUCCGUCUACCUCUAUGCGUACGUUGCGUUUGGUGAGUUCUUGGCCGUGCUCUUUGGCUUGAAUGUGCUGGUCGAUUACCAUGUUGGUGCGGCAAUUGCCGUGUCUUCUUGUUCUUCUUACCUUCGCAAGACGCUUCUGCUGAUGUUCCCGGCAAUGUGGCUGCCAGACACACAGGUGCUUUCACUUGUUCUGGUGGUAGUCCUGACAGGCAUCUUAUCAGUUGGCGUGGAAAGCGGGUUGAAGCGAGUGAAUGGCUUGCUGGUUUUCAGUAAGAUGGUCAUUGUGUUGCUGAUCAUCGGCAUUGGCUCGACCAAGGUUCAAGCAGACAAUCUGAGCCCGUUCUUCCCGUGUGGGUUUGGGCCAGUUGCCAGUAUGUCUGCGACAUGCUCAUUCUCCUUCAUAGGAUUUGGAACUGUAACAAAUGCUGCCGAAGAGUGCCAAAAUCCUCAGCGAGAUCUUCCGAUCGGCAUAACGGCUUCCCUUCUCAUCUGCGCCCUCCUGUAUAUCUUCUUCUCGCUAGUGCUGGUGGGCAUCAUUCCUUACACAGAAAUAGAUGAGGCGGCGCCGGUGGAAGCAGCCUUCAGCCCACAGUAUGCCAACAUCCCCUGGGUGUCCAUGCUUGUCAACUGGGGCGCAGUCAUCGGCUUGUUCACAACACUGGUGACAGGAAUGUAUUCGCAGGCUCGCAUGUAUCUUGCUAUGGCACGAGAUGCGCCCUGGCUAAACAGAAUGCCUCCGUUCCUGCCGCAUUCCAUCGUAGAUUGCAAGCAGGGUCUUUUCUUCUCGCCUUUCGGUCGAGUGUCGAACUUUGGGACUCCUAUCAAUUCUCAAGUCCUAUGUGGGGUCAUAGCAGCACUGCUGGCAGCGUUCCUCCCCGUGCAACGCCUGGUCCUCUUCCUAAACAUCGGCGUGUUGUUCUCCUACACCAUCGUUUGUGCUGGAGUUCUCGUGCUUCGCGCGGACGCUCCAGAAAAAACAGCCCAGUGGGCCGCUAUGAUGACCUGCGCUGCUAUUGUCGCAUCUGCGAGCUCCACUUUUAUUUCGCAGAGUUGGUGGGCUCUCAUCAGCACCGCCGUCUUCGCAGUCGCAGUCGCUUUGUGUUGGAUUCCGUUUUUCCGGCAAAGCUAUUCCAGACCAGAAACAUUUGCUUGCCCCGGCUGCCCUUGGGUGCCUCUACUUGGACUGACGAUCAACGGUUACAUGCUGUCCCAGUGCCACUGGCAGGCGUGGAUUCGGCUGCUUGCCACGACUUUCUUGAUCCUGGCAGCCUACUUGUUCCGAGUCCGAGCUUUGCAUUCAGGAAGCAGUGAUGCCCGCGAGUUGACCGUGUCGCUGCCCACGGUGAGUGAUGACGGUGAUUGCAUCAACACUACUGCUCGAUAA